CCCCUCUCCAGAAACUUCCGCUUUUCCCUUCUAAAACCCUCCUAAAACCCUAAAUUUUCAGCAGCCGAAAGUAGACACUACCUCUCUCUCUCUCUCAGGCACGAGCAAAAUGCACAGGCUGUCGAGGCGUUCCGUCUCCGCUAUCCUGCGCACAGGUGGCGCACGUUACCGAGCCACAGCUCCCUCCGUCUCAGCUCUCCACGACCCGACUGCAGAUGGCAAUUCCAACAUUCCACAGUUCCCAAAUAGAUGGUAUUCGGUGCUGGCUGCAGUAAAACAGUGUCCUCCUAACUCUACAAAACAUCCAAACGUGAGAAAUGGCUUCCUUGUUGGCAACCGGUACGAGUCGACUGCGGCGGCAACUGAUUCAUCAGAUCCACCAGCCGAGAAGUAUGAGUACCAAGCUGAGGUUAGUCGUCUCAUGGACCUCAUAGUUCACAGCUUAUAUAGCAACAAAGAAGUGUUUCUUCGGGAGUUGAUUAGCAAUGCAAGUGAUGCGCUGGACAAGCUGCGGUUUCUCAGUGUUACAGAGCCUGACCUUAUGAAGGAGGCUGUUGAUCUUGAUAUUCGGAUCCAGACAGACAACGAUAAUGGAAUUGUCACUAUCACUGAUACUGGCAUUGGGAUGACUAAAGAAGAACUCGUUGAGUGCCUUGGAACUAUUGCACAAAGUGGAACUGCGAAGUUCUUGAAAGCAUUGAAGGAUAGCAAGGAUGCCGGUGCUGACAACAAUUUAAUUGGUCAAUUCGGUGUUGGAUUUUAUUCAGCAUUCCUUGUUUCUGAUAAGGUUGUUGUUUCAACAAAGAGCCCAAAAUCUGAUAAGCAGUAUGUCUGGGAAGGAGAGGCCAAUGCUAGCUCCUACACAGUUCGGGAGGAGACUGACCCAGAAAAACUCAUUCCAAGAGGAACCCGGCUUACAUUAUAUCUUAAGCGUGAUGACAAAGGUUAUGCACAUCCAGAGAGGAUUCAGAAUCUUGUGAAGAAUUACUCACAAUUUGUAUCCUUCCCCAUAUACACUUGGCAAGAGAAAGGAUUCACUAAAGAGGUUGAGGUCGAUGAGGAUCCGGCUGAAGCUAAAAAGGAUGGGGAGGAUGAUACAAAAGCUGAGAAGAAGAAGAAAACUAAGAAAGUAGUUGAGCGGUACUGGGACUGGGAGCUUACAAAUGAGACUAAACCUAUAUGGCUCCGCACUCCUAAAGAUGUCUCUACUGAAGAGUACAAUGAAUUUUACAAGAAGACCUUUAAUGAGUACUUGGAUCCUUUAGCAUCAUCACAUUUCACCACUGAGGGUGAGGUGGAAUUCAGAUCUGUACUUUUUGUGCCAGCCAUGACUCCCAUGGGAAGAGAGGAUGUCGUUAAUCCCAAAACAAAGAACAUAAGACUUUAUGUCAAACGUGUCUUCAUUUCAGAUGACUUUGAUGGGGAACUGUUCCCAAGAUAUCUGAGCUUUGUGAAAGGUGUUGUGGAUUCGAAUGACCUUCCACUCAACGUCUCGCGUGAAAUCCUUCAGGAAAGUCGUAUUGUACGCAUCAUGAGAAAACGUUUGGUCAGGAAGGCAUUUGAUAUGAUAUUGGGCAUAUCUAUGAGUGAGAAUAAAGAUGACUAUGAUAAAUUCUGGGAGAACUUUGGCAAACACUUGAAACUGGGCUGCAUCGAGGAUCACCAAAACCACAAGCGUAUUGCCCCACUGCUUCGUUUCUUCUCUUCUCAGAGUGAAAAUGAGCUGAUUAGCUUAGACGAGUAUGUUGAGAACAUGAAACCUGAGCAGAAGAAUAUCUACUAUAUUGCGUCUGACAACCUGACAAGUGCCAGGAAUACACCUUUCCUAGAGAGGCUUCUUGAAAAGGACUUUGAAGUACUGUUCUUAAUUGAUCCGAUUGAUGAGGUUGCGAUCCAAAACGUGAAGUCGUACAAGGAGAAGAACUUUGUUGAUAUCAGCAAGGAAGACUUGGAUUUGGGUGAUAAGAACGAGGAGAAGGAGAAGGAAAUCAAGCAGGAAUUUGGCCGAACUUGCGAUUGGAUCAAGAAGCGCUUGGGCGACAAGGUUGCCAGCGUGCAGAUCUCCAACCGUCUGAGCACCUCGCCUUGCGUUCUCGUCUCUGGGAAGUUUGGUUGGUCUGCUAACAUGGAGAGGCUGAUGAAGGCACAAACGCUUGGAGACACCUCUAGUUUGGAAUAUAUGCGUGGGAGGAGAGUCUUUGAAAUCAAUCCUGAGCAUCCGAUCAUCAGAGAUUUGAAUGCUGCAUCCUGGAGUUGUCCCGAUGAUCCUGAGGCACAAAGGGCCAUUGAUCUGUUGUAUGACACUGCGUUGAUUUCUAGCGGUUUCACUCCUGAGAAUCCAUCUGACCUUGGUGGGAAGAUUUAUGAGAUGAUGGGGAUGGCACUUGCAGGCAAGUGGGGAGCACCAGCAGCUGAGGUGCGGCCAGUGAUGGCCCGCCAGGCGGAGCCUGUAGAAGCCGAGGUUGUGGAACCAAGUGAAGCUGGAGGUCAGAAAUGAGGAAGAGUAACAGCUGAUGUUUCUGUUUCUGUUUCUUUUUUUUUUUUUUUUUUUGUAGAAAAUUACAGGUUAGUCUUCUCUCUAGAUCAAUUAUUAGAUUUACAGUGGCAUUGAUGUGAUAAAACUAUAAUUGCGGUGGAAGAUUUGAACUUCUGUUUGAUGAUUGGUCACUUAUCAAUCAGGAUCCUUCAUCUGGUUA